CCCUGGGUGCCUUUUCUGAGCCCUGAACGGGCUCCUGUCCCCUGCAAACACUUCAGCUGCCUUUGAGCUGUGAGCUCUCAAUGAAUUAUUUAUUUAAUAAAGUGUUUUUAAACUUGUCUUUCUCUUUCCUUUCUGAUUAAUUUGUUUGAAGUUGUUUUUUCCUCUUUAAUCUUAGUCCCUUCCCUCUCUUUCCCUCCCUUAUCUUUUCCCCUCCCUCUGUCCUUUGUGCCGCCUCCUCUCCCAGAUGUGUGUUCAGCCCUGCCAGAUGGUGCCCCUUGGCACCAAGAUAAUGCUGAGAGCCAGUGCCAACAACUCAAGGGCUGUCCUGCCUGGCUGGGCUGUGGCCCAGGAGGUCUCAGCUCCCUGCAGGUCCCCUCAGCCUCUCCUCUCCUUCCACCCCAGGCUGCCGAGUGCAUCCACCCCACAGAGCCCAGGGAACGUCAGCCCCAGGCCCUGAGGCUUCUCUGCAAGGAUGGGGAAAGGAACCCAAAGGUCAAAUUCUUCAAGCCAAGAGGAACCACUGAACACCUGCAGUGAUCCAGAGGAACAGUCCAAAUGUGGGUCCUACAGAACCGAGUCAGACUGGAGAACAUCCCCCAAGGUGCGUGUUCUCCUGGCUCAGAGUGUGUUCCUGGGGAUCCUCAGCUUGAGCCUGGUCGUGGCACUGACUGUUCUCAGUGUGAGACCCCCUUUCCCCAAGCCGGAAUUCUCCCACGUGUGCCCAGACACCUGGCCUGGUUUCCAAGGAAAAUGUUAUCAUUUUUCUGAGGCUGAGGGCAACUGGACCACGGGCUGGACAAGGUGUGAGGCCCUGGGAGCUUCACUGGCCACCAUAAGCACGAGGGAGGAACUGGCCUUCCUUCUGCGCUAUAAAGGCGAAGCAAACCACUGGAUCGGGCUGGGAAUGAGGGAUAACGGCUGGGAGUGGAUCAAUGGCACGGCCUUGAACGGCAGGUGGGUCCCUGUGUCCGUGCUGGAGCCCCGGGGUGGGCUGUUGCGGACGACGGGAAAGUAUCACACGAUCACAGUAUUGAUCAUGACUAAUCCAACUUUAUUGCUGUAA